UCAUGAAGAAAUAUGUAUGGGAAGCUACUGCAGUGAGAGUAGCCAUGAUGGGGAACACAUGGAGAAUAUUGAAUUGGAUGAUUCUGAUUCCAAAGAUCAGACUGAUAUGGAGUGGGAGGAGGAACAAUUCUGUGCAUUCAACAAUGAAGAAGAUAUUGGUUCUUCUGUCAUCAUACAGGAGGAGACUGACUCAAAAUUUGAGUCCUUAUCAGAGGGUUUGCAUGAUAUAUCUGAAAUGUGGUUAGAUGACACCCUUAGCAGACAUUAUUCAGACAUUCUGGUUGAAGAAGCACUCUCAGAAGCCAAAGAAGUAAAAAGCACCUGUUUUGAAGCACAACCUCAUGGCACUAAUUCUGUCCUGGAAGGCACAAGUGAAAACAUCGAGUUCGAGACUCAAGAAACUGAUUAUUCGUCCAACAGAAAAAGUUAUGAUUAUGACCAAUCUUCUUUGACAGAGGUAGUAUUUCAGCAUCCGAUAAAUGCAGAAGAUGAUAAUAGAGAAAAUGAAAAACAUGUGGAUGAUGAGGCCAGUUGUGUCUUAAUGGCACUUGAUGAAGAGACGGUUGAAAAUAGUGAAGGUCACAAGAUCAGUGAAACUUGCGACAUUGAUGAAAGCCAUGAAGGCAGCAACACAAGCCUAGAGAAUGAUGAUGAAGGAAUUAGACAGGAGAACCAAAUUCAAUGGACUGAUAUGCCAGAAGAAAGCACCAUUAUUGUCCAGGACCAGGAAUUAUUGGAGGAAAAUCAAGUUAAAGCCAGUAAGUUACACAGCACAAGCAGCAAAGGUGGUGAAGAGCAGAACACAAGCAAGAAUUGGCAAUGGGCAACUAGGUGCAAGAGACCUAUGCAAGACGAGGAGGAAAUGAGAAAGAUCAACUCGCGAAAGCCAAAUUUCCUGCCCUCGGUUCCUGAUCCAGAACCAGAAAAGGUUGACCUGAAGCACCAAAUGAUAGAUGAAAGAAAAAGUGCAGAGGAAUGGAUGGUUGAUUUUGCACUCAGACAAGCUGUCACAAAACUUGCUCCAGCUGGGAAAAGGAAGGUGGCAUUGCUGGUUGGAGCUUUUGAAACAGUAAUGUCAAUGCCCAAAUGUGAAACCCAUAUAAGAAACGACUCACCCUUUGCUCAUGCCAGACCUAUUCAAGCUUGUAGCUGAUGUAUGCUGCUGAGGAAAAAACAGAGGCCUUCUCCCUUCUCUUAUUCAUAUCAGCAAGUGCUAUCUUGCACAGGAA